UCUAACUCUCCAACCUUGCAGGUUUUUGGAUUCCCUAGGGAGUGGCGGUGGGAGAUGGAUCGACGUCCAAUUCCAGCUGGGGCGUAUACCGAUGGAGAGGAGCCAUCAGGGGUUGGAACGGGUUGUUAGGAAACAAUUCGUUCCUUAUCUGUUCCCGGAUCGGUUAAAAUUCGGAGAACACGUCGUGACGCAUGACGUGACGACGAAAGACUUCGUAAACCGACAAAUAGCCAAAAACCCGGAACAGAAAACCGCCGUGAUCAACAUACUGAACGGUUCCUCCCAAGGUGCACCCUAUAUAGUGUUCGGUCCACCCGGCACCGGAAAAACCGACACUAUAGUCGAAGCCAUCUGUCAGAUACUCAAGAAGACGGAUAAGAAAGUGCUGGUUUGCGCACAGGCCAAUGCCCAUUGCGACAUGUUGGCCAUAAAACUCUCCAAGUACUUCCAACCCGACGAGAUGUGCAGGGCCUACUCCAGUUCUAGACUCGCGAGCUGGGUACCGCCCCAAGUGAGGAGAUACGUCAACAUGUCCUGCAGACGCAUCGAAAAAAUGCCAUCGAGACACCUGAAACGUUACAGGAUAGUCAUAUCGACGCUGAUUUUCAUCGGGAAAUUCAACGAGGAAUCCUACACGCCAGACUACGUGUUUGUCGACGAAGCAGCCCAAGCCACCGAACCGCAGGUCUGCAUACCCUUCUCCAGGAUGCGUAAGGGUGGUACUCUAGUACUCGCCGGAGAUCCGAAGCAGCUCAGGCCGCUGGUCCAAUCGCAAAAGGCCAGAGAAUUCGGACUAGAUACCUCCCUCAUGCAGAGGCUCAUAGAAACCCAGCAGGUCUACCAGAACGGAGACGCCAGAUUCAUAACGACGCUAAGGACCAGCUACAGAUGCCAUCCGGCCAUUCUCAAGAUGACCAGCGAACUAUUCUACGACUCCAAACUGACGUUCGAAGCCGAUCCAAAAACGGCAGAUCCCAUCUCGAAGAUAAACAUAUUUCCACAUGUCAGCAACCUAAAACGCGAACGCGAUACUAAAGAUGGCUGUGGCGAAGCCCUAGAAUUCUGCGCUGUGAGCUCAGCGGAGAUGAGAGAAGGUCUAUCGCCAAGUUUCUUCAACUUGGAUGAGGCCCUGAUGAUAGUCAAAUAUAUCACGUCGUUACUGAAGGUAUCAGUGCUACCACAAGUUGCCAAAGGAGACAUAGGUGUCAUCACACCCUACAGUAAACAGGUGAAUAAGAUCAAGGACUUGCUGAGGAGAUGCAGGUUCGGAGACAUUGAAGUUGGUACAAUCGAAUCAUUCCAAGGCAAGGAAAAACGUAUAAUCCUGAUGAGUACAGUGAGGGGACAAUUCGACCUUUUGAAGUUCGAUAGUCAAUACGGAAUAGGGUUUUUGAAGCAGCCCGAGCGAUUCAACGUUGCCAUCACUAGGGCCAGGAGCAAAUUGGUCGUGGUCGGAUGUCCAGUUGUACUGAACACCAAUAGCUACUGGAGGAACUUCAUGAAUACCUGCCAACGAUUCAAGACCUAUUACGGCAUGGAAUGUACGUGGAGGGAUCAUUCUAAGGUCUUGGAAGGGGUCGCGAAGUUCCCUCAGCUAGAUGCGGAGCUGAAAAACAAAGACCCACUGAUACAAGAGAAGGAAGAAGACACAGAAAGCGGGAGUUUCUUCUCUGCUUUAGGCGAAGAAACCGACAAUGAGGAGAUGGAAAAUGAAGAGGUACAUGAUGGAGACAUCAUCCAUGAAGAGCUUGAGAUUGCAGAAAUCCCCGAUGCAGAGAUCCACCAUGCAGAUAUCCACCAUGUAGAUAUCCACGGUACAGAGAGCUGUGAUGCAGAGAUCCACCAAGAAGAGAUUCCCGAUGCAGAGAUCUACCAUGCAGAGAUCCACGAUACAGAGAGCAGCGAUGCAGAGAUCCACCAUGAAGUGAUUCCUGAUGCAGAGAUUCACCACGCAGAGAUCCACCACGCAGAGAUCCACCACGCAGAGAUCCACCACGCAGAGAUCCACCACGCAGAGAUCCACCACGCAGAGAUCCACCACGCAGAGAUCCACCACGCAGAGAUCCACCACGCAGAGAUCCACCAUGCAGAGAUCCCUGAUGCUGAAAUCCAGCAUACAGAGAUCCACGAUACAGAAACCCGUGAUGCAGAGAUCCAACAUGCAGAGAUCCAAGAUGCAGAGAUCCAAUAUGCAGAGAUCCAACAUGCAGAGAUCCGUGAUACAGAAACCCGUGAUGCAGAGAUCUGCGAUACAGAAAUCCAACAUUUAGAGAUCCAAUAUGCAGAGAUCCAACAUGCAGAAAUCCAUCAUUCAGAGAUCCACAAUACAGAGAUCCACGAAACAGAGAUCCGUGAUGAAGAGAUCCAACAUGCAGACAUCCACAAUACAGAGAUGCAGCAUGUAGAAAUCCACCAUUCAGAGAUCCACGAAACAGAGAUCCGUGAUGCAGAGAUCCAACAUGAAGAGAUCCAACAUGAAGAGAUCCAAAAUGCAGAGAUCCAACAUGCAGAGAUCCAACAUGCAGAGAUCCAACAUGCAGAGAUCCAACAUGCAGAGAUCCAACUUGCAGAGAUCCACGAUACAUAUUUCCAACAUGCAGAGAUCCGUGAUACAGAAAUCAGCGAUUCAGAGAUCCAACAUGCAGAAAUCCACCAUUCAGAGAUCCACAAUACAGAGAUCCACGAAACAGAGAUCCGUGAUGAAGAGAUCCAACAUGCAGAGAUCCAGCAUGUAGAGUUCCAAUAUGCAGAGAUUCAAGAUGCAGAGAUCCAACAUGUAGAAAUCCACCAUUCAGAGAUCCACGAAACAGAGAUCCGUGAUGCAGAGAUCCAACAUGCAGAGAUCCAAGAUGCAGAGAUCCACGAUACAGAGAUCCAACAUGCAGAGAUCCGUGAUACAGAAACCCGUGAUGCAGAGAUCUGCGAUACAGAGAUCCAAGAUUUAGAGAUCCAACAUGCAGAUAUCCACCAUUCAGAGAUCCACAAUACAGAGAUCCACGAAACAGAGAUCCGUGAUGAAGAGAUCAAACAUGUAGAGAUCCACGAUACAGAGAUCCAACAUGUAGGGUUCCAAUAUGCAGAGAUUCAAGAUGCAGAGAUCCGCGAUUCAGAGAUCCAACAUGUAGAAAUCAACCAUUCAGAGAUCCACGAAACAGAGAUCCACGAAACAGAGAUCCAACAUGCAGAGAUCCAACAUGCAGAGAUCCAAAAUGCAGAGAUCCAACAUGUAGAAAUCCACCAUUCAGAGAUCCACGAAACAGAGAUCCGUGAUGCAGAGAUCCAACAUGCAGAGAUCCAAGAUGCAGAGAUCCACGAUACAGAGAUCCAACAUGCAGAGAUCCGUGAUACAGAAACCCGUGAUGCAGAGAUCUGCGAUACAGAGAUCCAAGAUUUAGAGAUCCAACAUGCAGAUAUCCACCAUUCAGAGAUCCACAAUACAGAGAUCCACGAAAUAGAGAUCCGUGAUGAAGAGAUCCACGAUACAGAGAUCCAACAUGUAGAUUUCCAAUAUGCAGAGAUUCAAGAUGCAGAGAUCCGCGAUUCAGAGAUCCAACAUGUAGAAAUCAACCAUUCAGAGAUCCACGAAACAGAGAUCCACGAAACAGAGAUCCACGAAACAGAGAUCCACGAAACAGAGAUCCAACAUGCAGAGAUCCAACAUGCAGAGAUCCAACAUGCAGAGAUCCAACAUGCAGAGAUCCAACAUGCAGAGAUCCAACAUGCAGAGAUCCAACAUGCAGAGAUCCAAAAUGCAGAGAUCCAAGACGCAGAGAACCAAGACGCAGAAAUCCGCGAUUCAGAGAUCCAACAUGUAGAAGUCCACUAUUCAGAGAUCCACAAUACAGAGAUCCACGAAACAGAGAUCCGUGAUACAGAGAUCCAACAUGCAGAGAUCCAAAAUGCAGAGAUCCAAAAUGCAGAGAUCCAACAUGCAGAGAACCAAGACGCAGAGAUCCAAAAUGCAGAGAUCCAACAUGCAGAGAUCCAAAAUGCAGAGAUCCAACAUGCAGAGAUCCGUGAUACAGAAAUCCGCGAUUCAGAGAUCCAACAUGUAGAAAUCCACCAUUCAGAAAUCCUUGAUACAGAGACUCACGAAACAGAGAUCCGUGAUGCAGAGCUGCAUCAGUUCCACGGUGUGGUAGUCUACGAUGGAGAGGCCAACGAAGAAGAGAUCUACGAUGAAGAAAUCCAAAAUGAGGAGGACCAUCAUGAAGAGAUCCAGUAUGGAGAAGUUCAAUAUGAAGAUGCCCAAGAAGUGGGAGAACCCGAUAAAGAGAUCCAGAAUGAAGAGGCCCAUGAUGAAGUUACCCAAGAUCAUAACGACUCCCAAGAUGAAGAGAUCAAUGAUGGAAAGACCCUAAAUGAAGAGGACAUAAAUACACAGGUCCUUGAUGGAGACUUCGAUAAUGUAAAGAUCCAUGAAGGAGACAGCCAAAAUGAAGAGGUCCAUGAAGUAGGAGCCCAUGACGAAGCUAUCCAAAAUGAAAAGGUCCUUGAUAACGAAAUCCAACAUGAAGAGGUUGAUAAAGAAGAGGUCCGUGAAGAAGACUUCCAUAAUGAAGAGAUCCGUAAAGGUGAGAUCCAGGAUGAAGAGGCUCAUGAUAAAGAUAUCCACGAAGAAGUCAGUCAAAAUGAAGAGGCUCAUGAAGGAGGCAGCCAAAAUGAAGAGGUCCAUGAUGAAGCAAUCCAAAAUGAAGAGGUCCUUGAUGGAGAGAUUCAAAACGAAAAGGUCCACGAUAACGAUAUCCAGCAUGAAGGGGUUGACAAAGAAGAAGAUGGAGGAAAGAAGAGCGCUUCUUCCUCCUCUACUUCAGAUGAAGAGGCAGAGCGUUCGAGCACGACAGGAAGCUCCUCAACGACUUCUGAAUUUGAGUUCGUCGAGAUACUGAGCUCCGAUUUUGAGAUGGUUGACGGCGAUGAGCUAGAAUAAGCCAGGGAGUUUUCUAAAGAUCUCAGGGAUUUUCAAUACUCAAUACAGCAAUUCCAUAGGUUGCUGCUAUACGAAUAAGUUUAUGCUUUCUCUGUAAAUAUCUUGAAUAUAUGUAUAUAAUUCUUCUUAUUGUAAAUACUUUAAAAAUGUAUAUAAUACUAAAUCAAGGGGCUGUAAUUUUUUUUCUAAAGAAUAAAGCUACGUUUUGUUAAAAUAUCUUUAU